AUGUUCCAAUAUUUCUAUUAUAUUUGAGAAGAGCCAAUCUCUAUUCAUCUUGGUAAUUGAUUAAAUAUCGGUGAUAUUAUUAUUCCUUAUGGUUUAUCUCUUGAUUCUUUAGCUAUGACUGUUAUGAUUCCUGUUGGUAUCGUUACUUUAUGUGUUCUUUUAUAUGCUAUUGAAUAUAUGAGUCAUGAUCCUAAUCGUAAUACUUUUUAUAUUAUAUUAAGUGUAUUUGCUAUAUUUAUGACUAUUUUAGUUGUAAGUGAUAAUUAUAUUAUGAUGUUUAUUGGUUGAGAAUUUGUUGGUGUUAUUUCUUAUUUAUUAAUCUCAUUCUGAUCUACUAGAAUUGCUGCUAUGAAAGCUGCAUUAUCAGCUAUAUUAUUAAAUCGUAUGGGUGAUACAUUCUUUAUGUUAGCUUUAGGUAUAUUCUUAAGUUAUUUCCAUGCUGUUGAUUUUGAUACUUUAUCAUUAGCUGCUCCUUAUACUAAUACUUUAAUAUUAAAUAUUUUAAGUUUAUUAUUAUUAUUAGCUGCUACUGCUAAAAGUGCUCAAUUAGGACUUCAUGCUUGAUUACUUCAAGCUAUGGAAGGUCCUACUCCUGUUAGUGCUUUAUUACAUGCUGCUACUAUGGUAUGUGCUGGAGUAUAUGUAUUAGUAAGAUCAUAUUUUAUAUUAGAAUAUGCUCCAUCAUUAUUAAUAGGUAUUUGUUGAUUAGGUGGUGUAACUACUUUAGUUAGUGGAUUAAUAGCUAUAGUAACUAAUGAUAUUAAAAAAGUUAUUGCUUUAUCAACUAUGUCACAAUUAAGUAUAAUGGUAUUAGCUAUAGGUAUAAGUUCAUAUGAUUUAGCUAUUUAUCAUUUAUAUUGUCAUGCUUUCUUUAAAGCUUUAUUAUUUAUGGGAGCUGGUUCUGUUAUUCAUAGUUAUAUCUCUGAAACACAAGAUAUGCGUAAAUAUGGUGGUUUAGUUAAUUAUUUACCAUUUAGUUAUACUGCUAUUUUAAUUGCUUCAUUAUCUUUAAUGGCUAUUCCUGGUUUAACUGGAUAUUAUUCUAAAGAUAUAAUUAUAGAAUCAUUAUAUGGUACAUACACAUUUAGUGGAUAUAUAUUAUAUUAUAUGGCUGUUGGAUCUGCUACUCUUACUAGUUUAUAUUCUAUAAGAGUAUUAUAUUUAACAUUCUAUAAUAACCCUAAUAGUAAUAAAGCUACAUAUCAACAUAUACAUGAAAAUAUACGUAUGUUAAUACCUAUGAUAAUAUUAGUUAUCUAUAGUAUAUUUAUUGGAUUUAAUAGAGAUAAUGUUAUAGGACAUUAUGCUAUGACAUUACCAGCAAAUAAUAGUUUUAUAGAAACUGAAUUUACAUUACCAUGAUAUAUCAAAUUAUUACCAUUAAUAUUAGGAUUAUCAUUAUCAUUAAUAUUAGUAUAUAUAUAUGAAUAUGCUUAUAAAGUAAGACCAUCUACUGUAUAUAAUUACUUUAAUAAUAAAAUCUAUUAUGAUCAAUUAUUAAAUAAUGUUAUUAUACGUAAAACUUUAAUCUUUGGAGGUUAUUUAAAUACUUAUAUUGAUAAUGGAUUAUUAAAAGUAUUAGGAUCUACUGGUAUUAGUAGAGCAUUAACAUAUAUUAAUGUUGGUAUAUUCUUAAAUAUAUUAUAUUUAUUCUUCUUUUUAUAG